GCAUUUAGCAAGAGACAAACGAAAGGAACACUGGCCGGUGCAGCCUCCUGCUGAAUUCAAAUUCAACAUUCGAGUUUCGAAUUUGAUGUUCGAUUUUUUAAAAUAGAAAGACAUUAUUUUUAAUUUAAAAAGCGACAAUUAAUUAUAAACAUUAACUGUGAAAUUUUAAUUGAGUUGUGGGUUUGGAUUAUAUUUUUGUAUUAGUGUUAAUAACUUUAUUAUUAGAUAGUGCUAUUGUGGUUAACCCGGUGACGAAAGAGGACCAAUCUAAGACUGAAAUAUGAACAGCGCUAACUCGACUUUCGAUAUGUCUAUCGUAGACUCCUACAGAAAGUUCAUGGAACGCAACAGCGAUCCUCGAACCGAGAACUGGUGGUUGAUGUCGGGCCCAGGACCCCUACUAACGAUCCUGGCUACGUACCUGUACUUCUGCAACUCAGUGGGCCCUCGCUACAUGAGGGACAAAAAGCCUUAUGACCUCAAAAAUAUCAUUAUCGUGUAUAAUAUAUCGCAGAUUCUCAUGAGCAUCUUUUUGGUUUACGAGGGAUUAGUUUCGGGAUGGUGGAAUGACUACAGCUUUUCCUGUCAGCCAGUAGACUACUCAGAUAAUCCAAAAGCUCGAAGGAUGGCGGCAGCUGUGUGGUGGUACUUCACUGCUAAGAUCAUUGAACUAUUGGACACAGUGUUCUUCGUAUUGAGGAAGAAGAACCGACAGAUCUCGUUCUUGCAUCUGUACCACCACUUCAUGAUGCCUAUCUGCGCUUGGAUUGGAGUCAAGUUCUUGCCAGGUGGCCACGGAACGUUACUGGGCGUAAUAAACUCAUUUAUCCACGUCGUCAUGUACUCCUACUACCUGAUCUCUGGACUCGGGCCCCAGUACCAGAAGUACCUUUGGUGGAAAAAGCACGUAACCACAAUUCAACUGGUCCAGUUCGCCAUAAUCUUCUACCACAACUUCAGUGUCAUGUUCAGUGACUGCAACUACCCGAAAGGCAUCAACUUCCUUCUCUCUCUCAACGCUGGUCUCUUCAUCUACAUGUUUGGCAACUUCUACUACCAAAAUUAUGUGAAGAGCAAAUCAAGAAAAGAACAAGAAGUCACUGGGAAAACUGUUGUCGCUAAUGGCAAGAAAGACUGCUAGUGGCGUAUUUUAUCUUAGUUUCAAAUUUACGAAAGUUAUGGCAAAGUUCUUGGGUAUUUCACAAUAUUUUUUAUAUUUGUCUGAGCAAACUACGGUCAAUUAAUUUCAACCGUGGCACUACCAACACUGGUAGGAGCACGGUUCAUUUCUAAUUUUAUCCAAAGUUGGAUUCAGAUCAAUUAGAUAGUUGUUUCUAUAUUUAAUCUGUGCCAUAAAGAAGCUUUGUAGGUGAUAUGGAUCAUUUUAUCAAAUUUUAUAUUAUUUAAAAAAAUAGGUUUUUGGGACGACUUAAUUGAAAAAAUUAUAUCAUUUUUACAAAUUUAUUGACACUGAUAAAAUUUUAUGAGUGUACAAUUAAAUACAGUAGUUAUCUUUCAUAUACAGCCAAUAUAAUGUAGCAGGAGAAAAUAUGAACUAAAUCAGUAGAAUGUUAAGGAGAAUGUAUAUAAUAUCCAAAAAUCGCUACAGUUUGAUAACUUCUAGAGUAAAAAUGAGGUCCCCUAAAAACUUGAUAUAUUUUUACUUGAUAUUGAUUUGUUUUGACUGAUCCUUAUUUUUACUAAAUAUUCCUAAUAACUACACCUAUCAUAUAGUUUCUGAGCAAACAAGGGCAAGCCAUUCUUUCGUUUCGUAUGUGAUAAUUUAACUAUAUUUGUAGAGAAUACCUAUACAAUUAGUUUCAGAUAUACUUAAGUAUUUUUUAGUUUAAGCAUAGAAUAUAAUUUAUUAAUAUAUAAGGUAGUAUCAUUCAACAGCCAGCUUGUGUAUGUGUUUUCACUUUCUUGAUUUUAGUGUUUAUGGUAGCUAUUUAUAUAUUUUUGUUUUUUUUUAUCUACAACGCUGUAAUUUAUAUAAUCCCACCGUUCAUAUUACGAUUUUUAUAUUCCGCCAUUUAUACAUUUCAUAAUAAUGUAUUUACAAUAUUAAUGGUAUUAAAACAUGCGUGAAAUAUUGGGAAGGAAUUUUAUUUUAAAACAUCAAAACAUGUAAUUUAGCUAACUAGUUAUUGAAUUAUAUUCGAAACAGGAAUCAUACAAAUAAAAUUAAAAUUAUUGACAUUAUGUAUAAUUACCACAUGUUCUAAAUCAUAACGGGCAAUAUGAUAUAUCAAUUUAUUUAUCUCUUUAACUAUAUUUUUAAAACAAGUACAAUCUUCUAUUAGUUUUGACAAUAUUGAUGUAAAUAUUAGUGUUUGAAUUACUUAAAUAAAAUGACAAAAAUCAUAUCUUAAUUUCGAGAGAAUUUUAAGAGGGAAGGACGUCUAUGAAAAUCAUGAUGUAAUGAGACUUGCUUGUAUGAAAGAUUUUAUAAUAUACCUUAUCAAUAUUU